GCUGUCUGCUACUUAGUUUUUGCCCUGCAGUCAGCCUGGUCUGCCUUUAGAGGAAACACUGCCUGCAGGCAACUAAACCACCACAAAGCCCCAAACCAGGGAGACUGCCAGUUUGCAGGCAUCAAGUUCACAAUCAUGCCUGGCAGCACUGCAGGCAAGAAGCUUGAUCUUUCCAAGCUCACAGAUGAGGAGGCUCAGCAUGUGUGGGAAGUUGUCCAGAGAGAUUUUGAUCUGAGGAAGAAGGAAGAAGACAGGCUUGGGGAUCUAAAGACCAAGGUUGAGAGGGAAGAUACCAAGAAAGAGUUGCUGGGGAACCAGACCAGCCUAACUGAGUCUCAUUGCAUUCGUUGUCUCCAGCCUUUUAAAUUCCUGCUUAACAACAAGCAGCAGUGCCUGGACUGCCAGCUCUACAUCUGCAAGUCCUGCAGCCGCUAUAACAAGAAGGAGGAUGGCUGGGUGUGUGACGCCUGUCACAUGACCAGAGUGCUCAAGAUCGGUACUUUGGAGUGGUACCAUGAGAACGUCCGUGCCCGUUUCAAGCGCUUUGGCAGUGCCAAGGUGAUGCGUUCCCUCUUCAGGAGGUUCGACGGAGAACGCAGCCGCUCUCAGAGUGACUUAGGAGAGCCUCAUGAGUAUGACACACAGAGCAUGCCUGAGGUCCACAGUGCAUAUGAGGAGCACAGUAUGGAUGCAACAGACUCACAACAACACCAAAGGAUGAAAAAGGUCAAAAGGAGGUUAAUUGUUGAUCCCAUUGAUUUCAAACUGGACGUUGACUACCUCAGCCAAUCAAGAGGACCAUCAAAUGAGGCCCCGGGUGAUCCUGACAUCAUGGUCAUGGAUGUAGGCGGGAGGGAGUCGAUGCUUGCUGAGGCAGAUAUGGCCACCGUGUUUCAUCAGAUCAUGGAUGAACAACAUAAAGAGCUGGACCUCGAAAUAACUCCACAACAAGAUGACCUGGUGUACUCAGAUAGCCGGACAAUCCCAUCCCGCUCCAUCUCCCGGCUCAGCUACUCCUCAUGUGGCAGCGGCAGCAUCGGAGGCCCUCGAUGCAGCAGCAGCAUCUACCUGCCUGGCCUUGAGGACUCAGAAGAAGAAGAAGAGGAUGAGCACUGCCAACCGUACCCGUUCUACCAGUCGCAUUCAGGCCUCUUCCGCCAAACAUCUCAGGACAGCCUGAGCUCAGCCAACCAUCCGCCACAGAUCACUGACAUUAACAGACGGAUGUCAGCCAUUGAGACUCUUCUGAACCGCUUAGAGCAGAAAGUCACCUCAACAUAUGACCAGACUUCUCCGACUCCCAGCAGCACCUCUCCUCUUCCUCAGUGGAACGAAGUGGACCUGGAAGAGCAGCAGCUAAGACAGAGGCUGCACGAGAUGACAGACAACAUCAGUGACCAUAGCCUGACCUCUGAUGAUGAGGACGAGCCUGAGAGGCCACAUUCCUCCCAAGAAAUCCUAGCAUGGAGGAGCCCACAGGCGGAUCCUAGGCCUUCCAAACUACCUAUCAGACCAACAUCCAGAGCCAGCAUCGUGGUCUCCAGGCUCGAGGAGGAGCAGCCUCAGCAGACAGAAUCUCUGAAGACUAAUGAUUCCUCUGAAAGCCUGGAGAGGAAGGGUCACCCCCUAGAGGAGGGAUCAAAGGCAAGCUUCAAAGGAUCAACUGCAUUACUGGUUGAGCUGGAAGACAAAGUAGCUCAAGCAGCAGCCAAUGUCCAGAAUGCCCAGAGUGAGGUGUCUGACAUUGAGAGCAGGAUUGCUGCCCUGAACGCUGCGGGUAUGUCCUCGGAUAAAAAAAGAAAGUCCGCAAUCCCGAUCCAAGCCAGAAGACUUUCCCACAACUUUCCCACAAACCAGGUGGACAGGUUUACCAGGAACUCCCUCUACAGGGGCUCACUGACACAGAGGAACCCAGUGGCAAAGGCCAAGACCAGGGCUGCCUGUGCGAAACCAGUAAUGACCCAGGGCUCAUGAGGAGGAGGCUGACUAUUAUGUGACUGAGAAGUCUUUCAGUUAUUACAUAAUGCUUUACGCACUGGAACUGAGCGGGAGUGUAUUAAACAGCCGGGUCUCAUGGCACAACAUGAACUAUUCACAAAAAUGCAUGUUUUUGUUCUUUGAAACAAAUGCAUUGAACUGACAUGUGACAACCAGCAAACAGAGAUCAGAGGUCAAACAGUUAUCUUUUCCUGACCAUAGUGCAGUAGUUUAUGUUGCCUAGACGUAACAAUGUAGUUUUGGAAAUUAACCCGAAUUAAAUCCCUUUGUGUACAUUUGAAUAUUAAUCUUAAAUAUGAGAUCAGACUGAUGAAAAAUUUUGUGUAUUCAAGCAUCUAAAGGAGGGGAAAUUCAUAUGCGGUUGCAUGGAAAUGUAUAAAAUUUGCGGAAUUUCCUGAGGAGCUUACAAAUUGACAUACGACCAUGUUGGUUUAAGUUUCCGAUAUAUAAAUUGCCAAAUUUGUCAACUGAGCAGUGGAACAGAGGGUAACUUCUUACAUUUAUCUUUAAAAGGUGUGUUUUUGAUGUUGCUGUUGUUUUACAGGGCUAAAUCUAUAAAGUAUGUUACACGUGACAUGCACUAACAUCUGCAUCUAAGGAUAAACAUAGAAUUUGUAUACAUUAACAUGCAAGUUAACACAUGCGUUUGCCUUAAUGCGCAAAAGCACUGAUUGUACUAAUCUGGAAUUUAUAACUGGUUAAUUCAUUGUUGUGGAUAAACAGAAAUAUGAAAUGCGUGCUUAAAAGGCAGUUUCAGCAAACAGAACCAAGCCAGUGAAAAGAGGUGCAAUCCCGAACUGUAAAUCAUUUUGAAUUAGUCUGAAAUUUUCACACACAAAAGAAACAUAUAGAUAAAUGUUUAUUUUUUAUAGGUUUUUUUUUAAGUUAUAUUAUUAAUAAUCUAUAGUGUGUUAGAAAGUUUAAUUGAUUGUAAAAUUAAACUGAUGUCACAGCGAGAAGAGCAGGUCUGAUGUGAUUGUUUUAUAAUAUAUGACAUUUAUGUAAGUUAAUGAAUAAAAUGUAUGCAGAAUAUAUAGAAGUACACACUGUAUGUAUUAUGGUGUAGGAAAAUAUUUUUAUAUUAGAUUAAUAAAUCAUGCGGAUUCAUUUUUAACUAAAUCUUUAAAAUCUAUAUUUUUAUGUAAUCUCAGCAUAUAUGGAAAAAUUAAUUAUAAGUGCAAUUAAAUAUGCAUCUUUUUGUCUUUGAGGAGUUAUAGUGAGUGAAAGAAGUCAAAACAUUGUACUGCUUGUCAGGUUUAAAGGUUUUUAUGAUAAGUUGGAAUUUCAAUCAUUCACUAAUUUUUCACUUAUUGUAAAAUUUUAGCUGGAGCAUCUUUGUUGACCAUAAUUUUUGGGCUCAAUAUUAUUGUGUAUUCAAUAACAUCUGAAACUAAACACAUCAAAAGAGUGUUUACUGAGAUAGAUAAAGAACCAUUGCUCACUUGCUUAUAGUGGACUAUACAGUUGGGUUUCUACUUGUAUCCAGAAGAGCUGCACCCUGCUGGCCUUUAGAAGGAAUAUAGGUUGAAGACACUUUGAUUUCACGUUUCAAACUUGGAAGCUAUGUCCAUCUUCUAUAUAAAGUCUGCAAGGACAGAUUACUCACCUAGCUUGGACUAGCUUAAUAUUGAUACUAUAUUCCAACUAAGCUAACUGAUCCCCAGUCCUACACACUGCCCUUUCAGUUGAAUUUAUCCAAACCUUUGAAUAUAGCAAUGUUUAUUUAUAGGGUAUAGCAGGAUGUGUCUUCGGAGAUGACAAAGAAUGUAUCACUGAUGUAAUGAUAAACUGGAUGUGCACUGUGUAAAUAAAUGCAGAUGCUUUUAUAAAGGGCUGGAGACUGAACAAUGUGAGGAGGUUCACAGCCUGUAGGCUUCACAGUCACAGAAUUGCUUUACUUUAUGUAUUACAGUUUAAGAUCGCUAUUUGUAGCCACUGCAGAGAGAAACUGACAGCACGUAUUGAUUUGACUUUUCUGAAUCACCAUAAAGAUUGUUUCAAGCCUGUGUUAAAUUAUCACUUUAAUUGAAAUUAUUUGCAUCACUGGUCUUAUUAAAUUAUUUACAA